GCCAGAGGCCCCCGGCUGGGCCUCGCGCAGGGUUGGGCCCUCCUCGCUCCCGGCUCCGGCUCCACCAUGGCUCCCAAAGGCGGCUCCUCCAAGCAGCAGUCCGAGGAGGACCUGCUCCUUCAGGAUUUCAGCCGCAACCUCUCCGCCAAGUCCUCCGCGCUCUUCUUCGGGAACGCCUUCAUCGUGUCCGCCAUCCCCAUCUGGUUAUACUGGCGAAUAUGGCAUAUGGAUCUUAUUCAGUCUGCUGUUCUGUACAGCGUGAUGACUCUUGUAAGCACUUAUUUGGUAGCCUUUGCCUACAAAAAUGUGAAGUUUGUACUCAAGCACAAAGUAGCACAGAAGAGGGAGGAUGCUGUUUCCAAAGAAGUGACUCGAAAACUUUCUGAAGCUGAUAACAGAAAGAUGUCUCGGAAGGAAAAGGAUGAAAGAAUCUUGUGGAAGAAGAAUGAAGUUGCUGAUUAUGAAGCUACAACAUUUUCCAUCUUCUAUAACAACACCCUGUUCCUGGUCUUGGUCAUUGUUGCGUCCUUCUUUAUAUUGAAGAACUUCAACCCCACCGUGAACUAUAUUCUGUCCAUAAGUGCUUCAUCUGGUCUCAUCGCCCUCCUGUCUACUGGCUCCAAAUAGACCGUGUCAGCUUCCCCCGUGGCUUUGUAUCUAUGGGUGGUCUGUGGUGUAUGGAAAAGUUGCUGGGUGGUCGGGGUGGGAGACAGAAGAUGUUUUUAUAGUCUGGAGCUUGAGGGUUUGAAAGACCCAACAAAAUGUAAUUCAAUAUUUGUUUAUUGGCUCUUUUUUGACAAACUGUUGAAAUUACAUGAAUUGAAAGGGAAACUCAGAGUACCAGGACAUUUAUUAAAAAGGCAAAUGUGUCUGGUAAUGUGCUAUAAUCACAAGAGGAGAAAAUAACCUGCUUCCUUGAUCUGUCAGGGGUCACAGUAACCUGGACUGAACUGUUAGUAUUUGUUUUAGUAGCAAGAAGUUAAUAGCUGGUUCUGUGUGUUCCAAGCACAAUAUUACAGCUUUUUGGGAACCAUAAAUAUCAGAGUGAAUCCUCUUUCCUCCCCUUCCCCCUGCCUGGGGGGUGGGAUUGAAUUGCAUGUUUACAAAUCUCUGAAUAUGUGAUUUGAAAUAGUAACUCAAUUAAAGUUGAAAACAUGGUUUCUCCAAUUUGGGGAAAAGAAA